AUGGCUACCAGUCCAGAUCCCGAGUCUCAAAAACCCGAGCCACAGCUCAAUUCCCCGCACAACGCAGACACGGAUGAAGAAACAAGCUCCAAGCCACAACCGCCAACCGGAUAUGACCUUCCACUAUGGCGCAAGUGCCUCAUUCUAUUUGUCGUCAGUUGGAUGACUCUGGCAGUCACAUUCUCCAGCACUUCACUGCUACCCGCAACUCCUGAGAUCGCUGGCGAUUUCUCCACGACCACGGAGAUUCUGAAUGUCAUCAACGCGGGUGUUUUGAUCGCAAUGGGAUUUUCCUCAUUUCUUUGGGGCCCCUUGACUGACUUAUUUGGGCGCCGAAAUGCAUAUAAUGCCGCUAUUACGGUACUGUGCGCCUGCUCGGCUGGAACCGCGGCGGCAAUUAAUCUGCAUAUGUUCAUUGCAAUGCGUUUACUCUCUGGAUUUACCGGAACUUUCUUUAUGGUCGCUGGCCAGACGAUCAUUGCAGACAUCUUUAAGCCUGUCGUGAGAGGGACAGCAACGGGCUUUAUGAUGGUGGGAUCUGUCAGUGGGCCAGCAAUUGGUCCCUGUAUUGGUGGUAUCAUCGUCACUUUCGCCCAUUGGCGUAUCAUCUACUGGCUCCAACUUGGCAUGGUUUCGCUUGGACUUGCACUGUCCCUUCUGUUUGUUCCAAGUAUACAGAGAACAGGCCAGGCCGUGGCACCAAGGCAGCCCAUCAACCUGUCUUUAGUUCUGCAUAUGUUCAAUCCGUUGCGUAUCUUCCGUCCAUUCAUCUACCCGAAUGUGUUCCUCAGCCAUCUUACAUGCGGUCUGCUUGCCACUUUCCAAUAUGCAAUUCUCACCUCUGCUCGCUCAAUAUUUAAUCCUCGUUUCCAUCUCACAACCCCCCUUGUGAGCGGUCUGUUCUAUCUUUCUCCCGGAAUAGGUUUCCUUAUUGGCAGUGUUAUGGGUGGCAAGCUGUCAGAUCGGGCAGUGAAGCGAUGGAUCCAGAAGCGAAACGGUGUACGCCUUCCUCAGGAUCGGCUGAAUAGCGGUCUGGUGACUCUUUUUGUGGUACUUCCGGCUUCAACAUUAAUCUACUCCUGGACUUUGCAAGAAGGGGUUGGAGGCAUGGCGGUACCCAUCAUCAGUGCUUUUACUGCCGGCAUCGGAUUGCUGGGCACGUUCAAUGGAUUGAACACGUAUUCAGCUGAGGUCAUGCCGCACAUUCGCUCGGAGGUGAUCAGUGGCAAAUAUGUGGUCCAAUAUAUCUUUGCUGCUUCGGCAACAGCUGCAGUCGAGCCUUUGAUCAAUUCUAUUGGAGUUGGCUGGACAUUUACAAUCUGUGUAGCAUUCGCCAUCAUUGGCGGGUUCUUUGUGCUGGCUAUAACUAAAUGGGGGAUUGACAUGCAGCGAGGGGUUGAAGAGAAAUUCGGCAUCGAUGCGAAGCCGUCGUAA